CAGCACUUCCUGUACUGGGCAUGAGUCUGUUUGACCAGGUAAAAGAACACAGCACUUCCUGUACUGGGCAUGAGUCUGUUUGACCAGGUAAAAGAUCACAGAACUUCCUGUACUGGGCAUGAGUCUGUUUGACCAGGACGUGAAUGACAUGUGGAGUUUCCAGCACCCKAAUCUGUACGUUCCAGGCCAGCUGAAUCAGUACUUCAGCAAGACAGCCUUCUUUAAGUGUGCCCUCCACAGRGUCUACAGCUCUGUAGUGCUGUUCUUCAUCCCCUACGCUGCCAUGUACGACACGGUCCGAGACGACGGGCGAGACAUCGCUGACUACCAGUCCUUCGCCCUGCUYGCKCAGACCUGUCUGGUCAUCACCGUCUGCAUACAGCUGUGUCUGGACAUGUCCUACUGGACAGCGGUCAACCAGGUCUUUGUGUGGGGGAGUCUGGCCAUGUACUUUGUUGUCACCUUCAGCAUGUACAGUAACGGCACGCAUAUCAACUUCCCUGCAUCCUUCCCCUUCAUCGGCACAGCCAGGAACUCCCUGAACCAGCCCAACGUGUGGCUGACCAUCCUGCUCACCUCCAUCCUCUGUGUACUUCCUGUGGUCGCCUACCGCUUCCUGUUGAUACAGCUCCGCCCCACCAUCAACGACAAGGUGAUGUUCAAGGUGAGACAGGCCAAGGCCACGCCCCCUCUCCCAGCACGACGAGUCAGGAUGCGACGUACCAGCUCCCGCCGCUCCGGAUACGCCUUCUCGCACGCGCAGGGCUACGGGGACCUGGUGACGUCCAACCACUUCCUGCGCCGUCCCGCCAUCACGCGCUCCACCGCUUUCACCCCUCUGGGGCGCACCACAGGGUUCAGCCCCAUGGGCCGCUCGGCAGGAUACAGCCCUACUGGGAACGCUCUGAACUCCAGACCGCAGGAGGUUGAGGUGACAUCACUACAGAUGUACCGGAUGGUGCGAGACUCCGCCUUCUGAAGUACUGUACAGUGUGAGACCCCGCCUUCUGAAGUACUGUAUAGUGUGAGACUCCGCCUUCUGAAGAACUGCACAGUGUGAGACCCCGCCUUCUGAAGUACUGUACAGUGUGAGACCCCGCCUUCUGAGGGAAGAGAGGAAAGGAUGUGGAGUUGUUGUUUACAGAGGACCAAAUCAGGGGGUGUGAAAUGUAAAAAACAUAUAACCUAAACAUUGACACAUACUGUAACUGUACACACACAAAUCUCUAUGACGACUGACUUGUCGAAGCGUUCCAAAGACAGACCCUCGUGUUGUUUCACCCUCU